AUAUAAAGCUCAGGGGAUAAGUGCCAAGAAGCCCAUCAACUCUACAUUCUACCUUCUGUUAGACCUGAUCACUUUUUUCGAUGAAUAUCAUGCUGGUCACAUUGACAAGGCCUUUGAUAUCAUUGAACGGCUAAAGCUGGUCCCCCUGAGUCAAGACUAUGUGGAAGAAAGAGUAGCCGCCUUCAGGAACUUCAGUGACGAGAUCAGACACAAUUUGUCAGAGGUUCUCCUUGCAACAAUGAACAUUUUGUUCACCCAGUACAAGAGGCUGAAAGGUACCAGCCCUGCCACUCCCGCCAGGCCUCAGCGGGUUAUUGAGGAUCGAGAUUCG